GCAAGUUUCGCCUUACAGCAUUCGAUAUUCUUCGUUAUUCUUGUAUCAACAGCGGAUGUACUUAUCAGGAGCUAGGGCUCAAGGAAGCAAAGCAGUUCUGUACACAGUCUUUAGAAAUGGGAAAACCAAGUGAUACACAAGACACAGCAAUGGAAGUGGCUGGUACUGCCUCCCCCUUCACCUUCACCGCUCCCACUCAUGCAUCGUGUAUUCUGACAGCAAUGAACGAUUGCCGAGACCGAAAUGAGCUCUGUGAUGUCAUUCUAUACACAGAGGAAUGUGAACUCAGUGCACACCGGAUAGUGCUAGCGUGUUGCAGUCCCUACUUCAGUGCCAUGUUCAGCAACAAACAUCGCGAGAGCAAACAAGACAGAAUUAAACUGAUCGGAAUUGACUCACAAUCUUUGACGGAUCUAGUUGCCUACGCGUACACGUCCACGCUUGUUAUUAACGAAAGCAAUGUACAAAAUGUACUGGCAGGAGCCGGUCUACUUCAAAUUACUCCGGUUAUCGAAGCUUGCUGUGAGUUUUUACAGUCCCUUCUCGACCACGAAAACUGCCUCGGAAUUGCAUCCUUUGCUGAAAUGCAUGGUUGCUUAAAGCUCUACGAAUCCAGUUGGAGUUUUGUACUUGAAAAUUUCAGUGAUGUAGCGAAAACAGAAGAAUUUCUUUCGAUCCCUCAUGAGUAUCUCAUCGAGCUUGUGAAGUCUGGGAAUCUCAGCGUCCAAUCAGAAGAGUCGGUUCUCGAUUGUGUUCUCAAAUGGUUUAAUCACAACAGAGUGGAAAGAUUGGCGGGACUAGCAACUAUUCUGAAACACGUUCGACUCCCUCUGAUCGCUUCUGAUGUCCUCAAAGAUAAAAUCCUAGGAGACCCCCAUCUCUCGUGUUCGCCAGAUUGUCUCGCACUGGUUGCUAAUGCCAACAGAUGUAGCCCCGAUAUCGAUGGGGGAGCUCCAGACAGUCCUGAACAUGUCCAAUUCAUCCCCCGCAAGUCCAUCGGUCAAAGCACGGUUCUAUACGUUAUUGGAGGGGAGAGAGCCCCUGGCCGUUUAAACGUAGAUGUGGUUGAACGAUUUUCGCCCUCAAAGAACGCCUGGACGGAACUUUGCCCCAUGAGUACGAGUAGACGUGGAAUGGGUGUGGCUUCAAUGGACGGCUAUGUAUACGUUAUUGGUGGCUCCGAUGGUUUGAAUUCGCUUCGAUUGGUCGAGAGGUACGAUCCAGUUUCAAACAAUUGGACAAAACUAGCCGAUCUACACCAGGAAAGAAGCAGUGUUUCAGCAGCUGUGCUCGAUGGUAAACUGUACGCCAUUGGAGGCUACGAUGGUAGCACAAGUUGUUUGGACUCUGUGGAGAGAUACGACCCGAUAGGAAACAGCUGGACAUAUGUAGCAAAUAUGAGCCACCAGAGAAGUAUGAGUGCUGUAGGCGUGUUAAACGGUUUUCUCUACGUUGUUGGUGGCUACAACGGUGCUGCCGACUUGUCCACCUGCGAAGUCUACAAUCCCAUUACAAAUCAAUGGACCGAUAUCCCGCCCAUGAAGGCGUGUCGAUGUAUGUCCGGUGUUGGUGUCCUGGACAAUAAAGUGUACGCUAUUGGCGGCUGUGAUUGCUCCAAAUCGCUAAACAGCAUCGAAAUAUACGAUCCCCAGAAGCAGGCCUGGGAGCUGGGCCCGGAUAUGUCUGAUCGUAGGAGUGGCCUGGGCGUGGCUGUUGUCGGGAGUAAGUUGUACGCAGUCGGUGGAUACACGGGAGACGAGUAUCUGAGCAGCAUGGAAUGUUACGACCCGAAGGUUGGUGGGUGGAGCCUCGUGGCUCCCCUAGGAUGUGGCAAGAGGAGAUUUGGUUGCUGCUCCUAGCUAGACUGGCGGACCUAUUUUAUGACAUGUAUGGACUGCUUAGUUAGUUUCUACGAGUUUAGUUUCUACUUCUACACUCAUUUUAUUUUUGUCAGAAUUCAUGUUUAUUGUUUGUAAUAAUAAUAGCAUAUGCUGAUCAAGACCAUGUACUGUACAUUAUACCUAAAAUAGUAAUAAUUAUUUUUCCUUGUUAUAGCUUAUGCUUUGCUAUUAAUUUUUUGUACUGC